AUGUGUGAUGAUUCCUGGGUUAGUAAGUCUAAUAUCACAGAAAAAGAUUCUCUGGUCACGUUGGCAAAAGUUGCGGAGCAGGCUGAACGAUACAACGACAUGGCGUGUGCUAUGAAAAAAGUUGUCAAGAUAUCAAAAACACUCACUAAUGAAGAGCGAAACUUAUUUUCGGUGGCUUACAAAAAUGUAGUCGGGUGUCGUAGAUCAGCUUGGCGUGUUAUAUCAAACAUUGAACAACGGUUAGAAGAGCAGAAAAAAAAGAUAGCCGAAGAUUACCGUAAUGUUGUCGAAAAGGAAUUACAAGCUGUAUGCCAGGAAGUCUUAGAUAUCUUAGACAAAACCUUAAUCAAAAAUGAAGAUACAGCUGAAGGGACUGUGUUUUAUCUAAAAAUGAAAGGUGAUUAUUAUAGAUAUUUAGCUGAGGUUUUUACUGGAGACAAACGUACUGACUUUGAAAAACAUUCAAAGGAAGCUUAUCAAGCAGCAACAGAAAAGGCGAACAGCGACCUACCUCCAACUCAUCCAAUCCGCUUAGGUUUAGCUUUGAACUUCUCAGUGUUCUAUUAUGAAAUUGAAAACAAUCCAGAAAAAGCAUGCUCAAUAGCUCAAACUGCAUUUGAUGAAUCAAUUAAACAGUUAGAUCAACCUGAUAAUGGUUCCUUCAAAGAUAGCACACUUGUAAUGCAGCUACUUCGUGAUAAUUUGACUUUAUGGACGUCUGAACGUGAAGCUGCUCAGUGA